CGGACCAGUCCUCCAUCAGAACGGAUCUCCAUCAGCUCACUCCGCCGCCGCGCGAGCCCCGGUCUUUCUUACUUAAGCUAAUUUUUAGUUUUUUACAAUUAAAGUCGUUUUUUAUUGUUGCUUCAGGGAGUCGGCUCUUCAGUCCGAACUGGUUCCGGGUCUAGCUUUUUGAUUCGAAUUUCUUAAAAAUUUGACGCGAAUCCGUCUUCUUUUUUUAAUCGUUUUCUGGAGGAUUGGAUCUGGACUUUAGCCGUUUCUGAGGAAAAAGGAGUUUUGGGUUCGGUUCUGUCAGCGUCCAUCUUCUCCUCUGAAGCCCAAAAAAAUGCCCAACAAGAAGCAGCCAGGCGCCGAGAUGAAAUGCCUGAGCGCCCCCCAGGAGGACGACAGCAGCACCAACAGCAGCGAGUUCCCCUACCCCACCUUUGUCAAGAAAGUUCCUCUGGAGGGGCCGUACCCCGAGUUUGACCCAGAGUGUCAGAACUUCCUGCCGGAGCACAACACCAGCAAGAAGAAGUAUGAGACCGAAUAUCACCAAGGAAACGCCUCCUUCGGCAUGUCCGUCUUCAACCUCGGGAACGCCAUCAUGGGCAGCGGCAUCCUGGGACUGUCCUUCGCCAUGGCCAACACGGGCAUCGCCCUCUUCGUAAUCCUCCUGGUUGCCGUGGCGAUCUUCUCCCUCUACUCGGUCCACCUGCUGCUGAAGACGGCCAACGAAGGAGGUGCGCUGGUUUAUGAGCAGCUGGGGUACAAAGCCUUCGGGAUUCCUGGGAAACUGGCCGCCUCCUGCUCCAUCACCAUGCAGAACAUCGGAGCCAUGUCCAGCUACCUGUACAUCGUCAAGUACGAGCUGCCCAUCGUCAUCCAGUCCUUCACCGGCGCCAACAACGGGGAGUGGUACGCUAACGGAGACUACCUGGUGCUGCUGGUGUCGCUGGUCAUCAUCCUGCCGCUGUCUCUGCUCCGGAACCUCGGUUACCUGGGUUACACCAGCGGUCUGUCUCUGCUCUGCAUGGUCUUCUUCCUGAUCGUGGUCAUCAUCAAGAAGUUCCAGAUCCCGUGCCCUCUGACUGCCUUGGAGGGCAUGAACGAAACCCUGAAGAACCUCUCCAUCUCCGUCAACUCCAGCGCCGUGGACUAUGACGAGGACACCUGCAAGCCCAAGUACUUCGUCUACAACUCGCAGACGGUCUACGCUCUGCCCAUCCUGACCUUCGCCUUCGUGUGCCACCCCGCCAUCCUGCCCAUGUAUGAGGAGCUCAAAGACCGCUCCCGCAGAAAGAUGCAGAAUGUGGCCAACGUGUCCUUCCUCGCCAUGUUCAUCAUGUACCUGCUGGCCGCGCUCUUUGGAUACCUCACCUUCAACAUCCACGUGGAGCCGGAGCUGCUGCACACCUACUCCAAGUACUACAAGUCCGACGUGCUGCUGCUGAUCGUCCGUCUGGCCGUGCUCGCCGCCGUCACCCUCACCGUCCCCGUGGUCCUCUUCCCGAUCCGCACCUCCGUCAACCACCUGCUGUGCGCCAAGAAAGAGUUCAGCUGGAUCCGUCACAGCAUCAUCACCGUGGUUCUGCUGGCCGGAACCAACAUCCUGGUCAUCUUCGUCCCCAGCAUACGAGACAUCUUCGGCUUCAUCGGUGCCUCUGCUGCCGCCAUGCUCAUCUUCAUCCUUCCCUCCGCCUUCUACAUCAAGCUGGUGAAGAAGGAGCCUCUGAAGUCCAUGCAGAAGAUGGGGGCGGUGGCGUUCCUGGUGUGUGGGAUCUUCGUCAUGUUCGGCAGCAUGACCCUCAUCAUCGUGGACUGGGCCCACAACGCCUUCCAGAAGAACGGACACUAGAGGCGGCUCCCCCUGCAGGCGGAGGCGGGAGCUGCGGCGCCGAACUGCGGAACCACAUUCCCAGAGAAUGUAUCGGAACUCUGUACAGUUUGAGUUUUUAGGUCACCGACAAAACCCACCUUUUUUAUGUGCUUUUAUUUUGAAAUAGUUUGUUUUUUAAUAGUUACGGUACAGCUGAGAACAAAAACAUGGACGUGCCUCAUGCCGGGAAACACUAAGCUGUCGAGUUCAGCGUCCAGCCGCGCUCAGGAACCGGCUGUGGGCGGGGCUACGCUCCAUCUGCACCACUUGAAGGUUUCUCCUCCUCUUCCUCCAGAGGCGUUCACACCCCCAACACCUUUUUGUUUUGCCAAAACGUGUUUGUAAAUGUGUAUUGAGAAGCACUUCUAGAGUUCAGCACACGUCUCCAGUAUUUGGACGGCGACGGACCAGCAGCUCCAACAUUUCAGAUUGAAUGGCGCUUUCACAGGAGCAAAAGAAGGAGUUUUUAAAAACGUCACAGAGGGGAGGGGCAGUCUCACGGCUCCUCCCACCUCACCAACCAUUUCCUGUCAAACAUGUAUUUAUGGAAGACCGUCGUCAGUGUAAUUUAAUCUAUUUUAAUAUAUUUAUAUGAUGUAAAUAUGUACAUAUCCUAGACUGACUGUAAGAUGCUGUGUUUUUAUGCAUUGGAGCUGCAGAACAGGAGGCCCUCCAUGUGAUGCUGCUACGAUCAAACUCAUCCCAAACUUUAGCUCACAUGAAACCAAACUGUUUUUGUUUUUAUACGUUUGCCCCAAAGAGAAGCAGCCAAAUGUUCCUCCUGCAAACUUCUGGAGAUGGACCAUCGCUUGACCUCAGGAGCAAAGAGGGCUCGGCCCCCCAAUGUUACUCUUGUUUCAAUGAAACACUGUAAAUUCUGUAGCAAAUGUCCAAAAAUAAAAUCUAAAAUCAUCCAGGAA